AUGUCGGACUCGGAAAGCGCGCGCUGGCAUCAACCUCUCCAUGCUCGGCGCCCCGAAAAUGUUUCACUGAUUUAUCUUUCCCCUCUUGUCGUUUAUUCCUCAACCAACUUGCUUCUGUACACAGAGUACUCCCCACGCGACGACGUAUAGAUGAGUCUAUUAGGGAAACUCACCGUCGCGCUCGUGCUGGUGGUCCUAGUUCCAGCGCAAGAUUGUUUUGCCUCCAAGGGGGAGGACAGGCUCUUUCGAAGGCUGUUCCGGAGGUACAACCAGUUCAUCCGACCUGUGGAGAAUGUUUCAGACCCUGUCACUGUGGAGUUUGAGGUUUCCAUGUCCCAACUGGUCAAAGUGGAUGAGGUGAAUCAGAUUAUGGAGACCAAUCUAUGGUUGACACAUAUCUGGAAUGAUUAUAAGCUGAAAUGGGCUCCUAUUGAUUAUGAUGGCAUAGAGUUUAUACGGGUGCCUUCUAAUAAAAUCUGGAGACCGGACAUAGUCCUCUACAACAAUGCUGUGGGUGACUUCCUGGUUGAAGACAAAACAAAGGCCCUGCUGAAGUUUGAUGGCACCAUCACCUGGGUCCCUCCGGCCAUCUUUAAGUCCUCCUGCCCCAUGGACAUCACCUACUUCCCCUUUGACUAUCAGAACUGCUCCAUGAAGUUCGGUUCCUGGACUUAUGACAAGGCCAAGAUCGACCUAGUCCUUAUUGGGUCCAAGGUCAACCUCAAAGACUUCUGGGAGAGCGGUGAGUGGGAGAUCAUUGACGCGCCGGGCUACAAACACGACAUCAAGUACAACUGCUGUGAGGAGAUCUACCCCGACAUCACCUACUCCUUCUACAUCCGGAGACUUCCUCUCUUCUACACCGUCAACCUCAUCAUCCCCUGCCUGCUCAUCUCCUUCCUCACCGUGCUGGUCUUCUACCUGCCCUCCGACUGCGGGGAGAAGGUCACGCUCUGUAUCUCCGUCCUCCUCUCCCUCACUGUAUUCCUGCUGGUCAUCACCGAGACCAUCCCCUCCACCUCACUGGUCAUCCCCCUCAUCGGAGAGUACCUGCUCUUCACCAUGAUCUUCGUCACCCUCAGCAUCGUCAUCACCGUCUUCGUGCUCAACGUGCACUACCGCACCCCCAUGACCCACACCAUGCCGGACUGGGUGCGCUCCGUGUUCCUGGGGGUCCUACCCCGGGUCAUGCUGAUGAGGAGGCCCAUCGACCAGGGCUGCUCCUCGGGGGCGAGCAGCGUGGGUGGGGGAGGAGAUGGAGGAAGUCUGACCAGCACGGGGGUAGGGAGCUGUGGUGGAAGUGGAGCAGUGGGAGGAGGAGGAGGAGGAGGGGGAGGGGGAGGAGGAGGAGGGGGAGGAGGAAGAGGAGGGGGAGGAGGAAGAGGAGGAGGAGCAGGAGUGAAGAAGAGGAAGAACAGUGUCGUUGUCGGAGUCCAACUCCAGCCGGAUGGCGGUGCGGUGGGGGGCGGGGCCCUGAACUGUGUGGAGUAUGGGGAGAUGAACAGAAAGGGGCCCUACCGGGGGAAGGAGGUGCCCAUCCCUACACCUCCGCCCCUGCCUCCCGUGGCCCCUCCCACACCCGUCACAGUGCCCCCAGAGGCGGAGCUUCCCAAGCUGCCCCGGGCACUCAGCACACCCCCGCCCAUCAGCGCCGUGGUGGCGUUCUCUGUGGUGUCGCCCGAGAUCAAGCAGGCCAUCGAGAGUGUCAAGUACAUCGCAGAGAACAUGAGAACGCGCAACAAGGCCAAGGAGGUGGAGGAUGACUGGAAGUACGUCGCCAUGGUGAUCGACAGGAUCUUCCUGUGGGUCUUUGUGACAGUCUGUGUGCUGGGUACUGUGGGACUGUUCCUCCAGCCUCUCAUCAGCUUCUUCACAUGAACGCCACUGGACUCCUCCUCUCCUCCUCUCCUCCCUCCUUCCCUUUGUGUCUUUUAUUGGGUUUCUUUACAUGAACUACUGGACUUCUACGUACAUAUUUCUCUCUGUCCCCCCCCCCCCCCCUCUCUGUCAGUCUUCUGUCUCCCAUCUCCCUGUUGUCCUUUCCUGUGUAUUCCUGUAUGUUUGCUGGUCUGUUCAAAGACCCCCCUUCCCUGGUGAAGAAUGCCAGCCUCGACCGGAGGCUCUCUGCUGCAUCGAGCUCUGUGACCGAGGCCGUGUAGAUAACUGAACCGUGAUGGUGUAACGUACAUGUCAUGUUGUAACUGUCGCAAACAAUCUGUUUAUUAUGCCUACCGUUUGUCAGACAACAGCGACACUGUGUUAGGCUGUUUAUACCUAAAAACCAAUCAAUGAUGCAUGAUGGCUGUAUAGGCAUAUUAUGUGUACUAUACAGACAUAGUUGUAGGAUGUUCUUAUCAAUCUCUUUCUCUCAUACACAUAGUAUGAAAGUACACAUCUCACACACUACCUGCUCUCUGUUCAUCUGUACUAAAUGUAAAGAUACACUUGAACUGCACCAUUUGAUUAAACUUGUAA